CCCGUGUUAUUUUUGCUGAAGCCCUCGUUCAUUCCUCUCAAGCCUCCAAAAAUGGGAGCUUUGUCACCUGCGCGGCAGCUCCUCCGUGGAUCCGCCGCCAAGAUCGAUGCCGGCGACCUCGGCCUUCUGUUUCAGGCGCAGCGUCGCCACAUGGAGCACUUCUUCGAACAUCUCGACCUCUCUCAGGCGGCGGGCUUCGCCCAGGUCCUCCUCGACGCCCCCGGCGCCAUCUUCUUCUCCGGCGUCGGAAAAUCCGGCAUCGUCGCACAAAAGAUCGCACAUACUAUGGCAUCUCUAGGUUUUUCGCGCACGGGUUUCCUCCACCCCGUCGACGCCCUUCACGGCGACCUCGGAGCGGUUUUCCCUGGUGACCUCCUCGUCCUAUUCUCCAAGUCUGGCGCCUCGGAAGAGCUCCUUUCCCUCGUUCCCUUCGCCCGCGCAAAGGGCGCUCGGCUUCUCUCUGUCACCUCCGCCACCGGAGGGUCCGGCAAUCCCCUUGCGACUCGAUGCGAUGUGAAUGUACAUCUCCCUCUCCAGCGCGAGCUUUGUCCAUUUGGCCUCGCGCCCGUCACCUCGGCGGCGAUCCAGAUGGUGUUUGGGGACACCAUCGUAGCAGCCCUCAUGGCUGCCCGUGGGAUCACCAGGGAACAGUAUGGUUCCAACCAUCCCGCAGGAAAGAUUGGCAAAAGCCUAAUCUUUACGGUGAAGGAUGUCAUGAAGAAAAAGGAAGAGCUUCCUCUGUGCCAGGAUGGGGACAUGAUAAUGGAUCAGCUGGCAGAGUUGACAAGCAAGGGUUGUGGAUGUUUGCUUGUAGUUGAUGAUAGGCUCCAUCUAAUUGGAACCUUUACAGAUGGUGAUCUCCGUCGCACACUCAAGGCCCACGGUGCAGCUAUAUUCAAUCUCACAGUCGGCGAGAUGUGCAACAGGAAUCCAAGAACAAUUAAUCCAGAUGCCAUGGCUGUGGAAGCAAUGCAGACGAUGGAAUCACCCCCAUCGGCUGUGCAAUUCUUACCUGUUGUUGAUGACCAAAACACAGUGGUAGGGAUCAUCACGUUGCAUGGAUUGGUUUCUGCUGGCUUGUAAUUCUCCUUCAGCGCGUCUCAUCCAUUAGACCAUUAUCUUCUUGCAAUUUGUUUCGUUAUGCUUUAUUCAUUCUCGAUGAAUUCUACCACAACUCUUUUUAACCCCCAAAGUAGCAUAGCAUGUGAACCAUUUUUUUUUUUGUAUUUAGUUUGUUUUGCUAACAUAACCUAUACCUAUGAAAUGUUGAAAUCCA